GCGUGCGUGCGUGCGUGCGUGCGUGUCGUCGGCGGGCAAAACUUCCGGCGACCUCCUGGCGGUGGCUGAUUUGGCUCUUUCUGGUGUUUCCAGCAGCUCCGGCCUGGCGGUCAUCGAAGUGACGGAGCCGAAAAAGUGCUAGAAGCGGCAUGGAUCCCACCGCGCAAAGGCGGGAGUGACAGAGGCGCAGCUGACAGUGGCAGAGGCCCUACUGACAAGCGCCGGGGACGGCGGUGUCCUUGUCUCGCCUUUGUCGCCCCCGCGCGGCUCUUACCUGGCUGGGCUGGCGGAGACCGCGCCGACCACCCUGACUGAGGUUCAGUUCUUUUCCAGUGUCACAGUGCUGCUAAGAGGCAACACUGAAGUCCGAGGAGCUGAGUUUCUACAGUCAACUUGACAUCAGUUUGCUUCAGAGUGAGGAAGAAGAGAUGGUGGUCCAGCUCUGCCGGUGGGAUUUUCCCAUGGUUACCCGUUUCUCACGGUUUCCCUCUUCCCUCAGGACCCCCUGGCGAUGGCAGAAAUGAACCCUGCACAGGACCGUGUGGUCUUUGAGGACGUGGCCAUAUAUUUCUCCCAGGAGGAGUGGGGGCACCUUGAUGAGGCUCAGAGAUUGCUGUACCGCGAUGUGAUGCUGGAGAAUUUGGCCCUUCUGUCCUCACUAGGGUGUUGCCAUGGAGCAGAGGAUGAGGAGGCACCUUUCCAGCAAGGUGUUUCUUCAGGAGUGUUACAGGCCAUGGCUCCAAAGCCCCGUCUGUCUACCCAAAAGUCCCAGCGCUGUGAGACAUGUAGUUCACUUCUCAAGGACAUUCUGCGUCUGGCUGAGCACGAUGGAACACACCCUGAGCAGGGGCUGUACAUGAGUCCAGCACAUCUUCACCAGCACCAGAAGGAGCAGAUUAGAGAGAAACUUUGCAGAGGGGAUGGAGGAAGGCCGUCAUUUGUGAAGAACCACAGAGUUUACAUGGCAGGGAAGACAUUCUUGUGCAGUGAGUGUGGGAAAGCCUUUAGCCACAAAAAUAAACUUGCCGACCAUGAGAAAAUCCACACUGGAGAAAGACCUUAUAAGUGCAGCAUAUGUGGAAUAUUGUUUAUGGAAAGGUCCACACUCAGUAGACAUCAGAGGACUCACACUGGAGAAAGGCCUUAUGAGUGCAGUGAAUGUGGGAAGGCCUUUCUUUGUAAGUCUCACCUUGCUCGUCACCAGACAAUCCACUCUGGAGAAAGGCCUUAUGAGUGCAGCGAAUGUGGGAAACUGUUUAUGUGGAGUUCCACACUCAUUACACAUCAGAGGGUUCACACUGGAAAGAGGCCUUAUGGUUGUAGUGAAUGUGGGAAGUUCUUUAAGUGCAACUCAAACCUCUUUAGGCAUUACAGAAUUCAUACAGGAAAAAGGUCUUACGGUUGCAGUGAAUGUGGGAAGUUCUUUAUGGAAAGGUCCACACUCCGUAGACAUCAGAGAGUUCACACUGGAGAAAGGCCUUAUGAGUGCAAUGAAUGUGGAAAAUUCUUUAGCUUGAAAUCUGUACUCAUUCAACACCAAAGAGUUCACACUGGAGAACGGCCUUAUGAAUGCAGUGAAUGUGGGAAGGCCUUCCUUACAAAAUCCCACCUCAUUUGUCACCAGACAAUUCACACUGCAGCAAAACAGUGCCGUGAAUGUGGGAAGUUCUUUAGGUAUAACUCCACACUUCUCAGACAUCAGAAAGUGCACACUGGAUGAAGCCCUUAGGAAUGCCAUGGGUGCGGGAAGGCCUUCAGUCACCAACAUACCGUGGCUGGACAGCAGGCAGUACACACUGGAGAAAGACCGAGUGCCGUGAAUGUGGGUAAUUACAUAGCUACAGCUCUCCAACCACUAUGUAUCAGAGAAUUCGCACUGCAGAAAUACGUGUUCCGCAAACUUGGGACGUUAUUUUGAUCUGACUCUCGUCUCAGACAUUGGAGGGUUUAUACUGAAGAAGAGUCUUUUCAAUAAAGUGGAAAGUGGUAAAGAUUCAACAUGCAAAAUUGUACUUAUUGGGCUUCAGAAUAUCCACACUAGUGAGAGUCUUCUAAGGAUGGCAAACAUGUGGCAUCCUUUGGUACUGCUUAGACACCACGUGGUUCACACUGGAGAAAGGCCUUAUAUAUGCCUUGAAUGUAGCCAAGAUGGUGGACAGCAUCACCCAGAAAUCUCUGAUUUAGCACCGACAGCUAGUAUUGUAUGUUUUUAAAAAAAUAAUGGUGAAGUACAUGCCGCAAAAAAUUUGCCAUCUUCACUAUUGUAAUGUCCCGUUUAAUACUUGAAGUACGUCCAUAUUGUUGUGCAGAGAAUAUCCUGGACUCUUCGUCUUACAACAUGAAACCCUAGAACCAUUAAAUAACAAUCAUUUCCACAUUCCUUCAACCCCCGGCGACCACCAUUCUAUUCGUAAGUCCAUAUGCAUCUGACUACUCUUGGUACUUCACAGAAGAAGAACCUUAGAGUGCUUUUCUUUUUAUUAUUUUUUUCACUUAGGAUAAUACCCUCGAGGUUCAUCUGUGUUUUAGCAUGUGUCGGAAAUUUUAGGGCUGAGCGAUCUUUGAUUGCUUGCGUCUGCCACAUUUCCUUUAUUUCUCACCUCUACUCACGGACACUUGGGGUGCUUCUACCUUUUGCUAUUGUGAAUAUUGCCACUACAAGCAUAAGGGCACAAACAUCUUUUCAAGAUCCUGCUUUCAAUUAUCGGGUAUACCCAAAAAAGUGGAACUGCUGGGUCACAUGGUAAUUCUAAUUUCAAUUCUUUGAUGAACUGAGAUACUUUUCCGUAAAACUUGCACCAUUUUACAUUCCUAUCAUUCCACAAAAAUUGUGAUUUGUCCUCAUUCUAAUCCAUAGAAAGUAAGAUUUCUAACAAGUUUCCAGGUGAUUUUGUUGUUGCUGAUGUUUUGAGAACUGUCCUAUCCCAUUUUUAUAACAAUGCAGAUAUUCUGUAAAUACCCCUUGUUUCUGUAUUCCAUCCUAUAAGCCUUUUCAUUUUAAUUUUUCCCAGUGUUUACAACCAGGAAAUGGCCUGCCAUCUUUGAUAUAAAACCGAUAGAAAUCUUUGCAAAAUA